CAGAGAUAUUACCGGCGGAUCUGUACAGUACCAGUACCACUAGUGCACUAUUGGCAAUUUGUUGACAUCUUCUUACACGAUUCUGAAUAGGACGUGUCUAAUUUUAUCGUGCCGCAUAUCCCAUUCGUUGCCGAGUUUAUCUAGAAAUGGCAGAAAGGUCAGAAAUAGGAGAAAGACAUUGAACAGUGGCUGCAGUCCAUAGCCAAGUGAGAUAUUGUCAGGUACUAGUUUCUCUGGUUGUUUUGAAAGACAUUUGAGCUGUCCUCCUGUAGCCCACCAGAACCAAAAUGGGGUUUAUGCACCAGCUCCUUAUUCUUCUGUGGAAGAACUGGACAUUGAAGAGGAGAAGUCCGUUUGUCCUUCUGUUGGAGAUCUUGAUUCCACUCACUCUCUUCUUCAUCCUGGUGUCUCUCAGACAUCAUAAACCAUCCGUUCCAAGAGGCCAAAAAUACUACAUGGCGCAACCUUUGCCCUCCUCCGGUGUCAUACCUGUCAUGCAGGUCUUCUGUCCUACAGCAGUCAGGGACCCCUUUGGUCUCCCGGACCACCCAAAUUCAGAGGUGACCAUGUUUUUGGAGCAACUUGACCAGCUUGUGAACACCAACACCAUCUUCACUCGCAAGUUUUCCAUCAGUGAUAUCAGUCUUCUACCGGAUGUCUUCCAGGACAUCCUUAGGAACCAAGACUCGGUGGAGUACAAGUUUGCUUCAGCUGCAGAUUUUCCUCUGUCAUCUGUACUGAAGGACGAUGAAGGUUUCAGGGAUUUCUUGGUUCAGAAUCUGAGCUUGAGCAAUCACGACGCCGAUCAGAUAGUGAAUCGUAACAUAAGUACAAGUCAGUUGUUCAAAGUCUUAUAUGGCAGUGAACCCCGUAAUGCCAGCGAUCCCUACUCCCCCGACAAUGCCACCGACUUCAGCGACUUCCUGGACCGACGCUUUGGUCAUGUAAAGAGUGGCGCCCUCUACAGGACUGCGGACCCCAGUGAUAUGUACAGCAUGGAAGGGUUGGUGGAUAUUCUGAGCCAGGCACCGGGUGUGUCUGAUUCUCCUGGAGGGACAGAUGAGUCCGGAGGGAACAAGUCUGCUUCCACGCAGCUAGCACAGUACUUUGAGGAUCGGCUUUUAGAUCCCGAUGAGCUCCAAGACCUUACCUGCAACAAUGGUCUAGGAACUUCUCUCUAUGAUGACACAGCCUCUUCCGAUCAAGGCCAAAACACUAACACUACGGGCGGUUUUAGAGAGCGAGUGUGCAACCACGAGGAGAGCUAUCCAUUAUUUGUCAGUCUCUCCCAAGAGCUACAUGACCAGAUUGAUCUGGACAGACUGGUUGACAAGCUAAACUUGACUGAUAAUGACCUGAUUAACAGCAGAAUAAGAGCAGUGCUUGCUUCAAAAGAGGUUCAAAAGUUUGCUCAAUUCCAGCAGACUCUUCAGGAUGUCUACAUGUUUGCACAGAAGCUUCCUGGAGACGCCUGCCCCGCCCCUACCACCCCUCCCCCUCCCACCGAAUCUCCAUCCACCUCUGAGGCCCCUUCCUACUCCCCCUCCUCAUCCCCUUCCUCCUCCUCCUCCCCCUCCUCCUCCCCUUCCCAGACUCCCAUCAUCACACCGCAGUCCCCCUCCGUCACCCCUCCCGCUCCCAGCGAGGACCACACCCUAGUGGAAGGUCUCGGCACUGAGGUCCCUCUCACCACCUUCCCGGACGAGUUCAUCUCAAACUUCACCACCAACCUCUCCACCAAUUGGAACGGGUCGUCGUGGAUCAACCUGACUGCAUCCCCGAUGUCCAAGACCACGCCCACCCCAGUGUUCACCACGCCCACCCCCAAGGCAACCAAGAAACCGAGCCCUCCGCCCACUCCCAAGACUAAGCAAGAGGAACAGAAAGAGAAAAUAGCUCUUCUUUAUAAGCUCUGGGCUAAGAUACAAUAUAGUGUCUGUGGCGUAGAACUGAAAGUGAAUCAACGCCUCCUGGACAAGGGGGAUGUGAGGGGGUUAAAACUCACCCACAAUCAGAAGAAAAGUCUCAGUCUUCUGCUUCACGUCCUCUUCAGCCGACCCACAAUCCUCUAUUCCCCCGACACGCCCGAUGUCAAGGACGUCAUCGAUAAGGCAAGUGACUUUAUCUACCUGGCAAAGAACAUCUCGCACAGUGCAGAAAUGUGGCUGAAUAUCUCCAAGACCAUCCGGCAGUACCUAGAUCUGAACACAACUCAACUUGCCUUGCAGUAUCUUGGAAAGAUGGAAGAACAGCUGAGUGAGCAUCCAGAGUUCUUGAGCAACUCCAGCCUGAGUCCCGACCUGCAGGUCUUCAUCACCAACAGCUCCCUGGUGUCCGUGCCUUACAUCAGGAACCACCUGGACGUCAUAGACAAUGCUGCCUGCGCUUGGUUGGAACUCACCAGACCCAUCAAGUGGGAUCUCUUUGUGGGCUUCCCGGACGAGGCGUCCAUGGUGCAGUACGCCCUGGAGGAGUCUCAUGCCGAUGGAAGGACCGUCUUUGCCAGUGUGGCCUUCGAGACCAACAAAGAUGGCACCCUUCCGUCCCACACGGUCUACAAGAUCCGCCAGAACUCCUCCUUCACCGACCGCACUGACCUGGUACGACGUCGGUUCUGGCGACCGGGCUCCAACCACCACCAGGUCCUGGGCUACUACACGUACGGCUUUGUCUGGGUGCAGGACAUCAUCGAUAGGGCUAUCAUUGAUAAGAGAGUGGGUAGGACGGUCAUCGAGCCAGGGAGCUACGCCCAGGAGUUCCCCUACCCGUGCUACGUCUCAGAUACGUUUCCGUUCACCAUAGAACAAGUGAUGCCUAUGGUGAUGGUCAUCUCGUGGGUGUACUCAGUAGCCAUGCUCACUCAGAGCAUCGUCUAUGAGAAGGAACUACGACUCAAAGAGGUGAUGAAGAUGAUGGGUCUAAGCAAUGCUGUUCACUGGGUAGCGUGGUUCAUCACCAGCUUCCUCCAGCUGUCCGUGACUACGGGAGCACUAACGGCCAUGCUGAUUGCAGGCAAGGUGUUGGCUAACAGCAAUCCUGUCAUUGUAUGGCUCUUCCUCACUGUCUAUUCUGUCAGCGUUAUCAGCUUCAGUUUCCUGGUGAGUUCCCUGUGCUCCAAGGCUAAGAUAGCUGCAGCAUGUGCAGGGAUCAUAUACUUCACCAGCUUUGUGCCGUGUAUCUACAUUCAAAUCAGAGAAGAGACUUGGGCUUAUACCACCAUAUCAGCUCUCAUCAAGUCUGUGGCAUCUUUAUCCUGCACCACAGCCUUUGGUCUAGGGGCGCGUUACUUCGCCCUCUACGAGAUUGGUGGUGUAGGGGUGCAGUGGCACACCCUAAACCUGAGUCCGGUAGAGCAUGACGACUUCAACCUGCAGAAGAUCUUCCAGAUGCUGAUCAUAGACAUUGUGCUGUAUCUCUUCCUAACCUGGUACAUUGAAGGGGUUCACCCAGGUGCAUAUGGUCUCCCCAGACCCUGGUACUUCCCUGUCCAGCCUUCCUACUGGUUUGGCACUCAUCGGUUCAAGGGAAGCAUCAUGUCAAAGAACUUCUGGAAACCCAAGCGUUACAGUCAUCUGUCAGUCAUAGAAGACGAUCAGGCAAUGGCCAUGUCAAGCUCAGAUGAUGAGCCAGGAUUUGAGCCAGAACCUGUGGAUCUGGAGCUGGGAGUAACCAUUGAAAACCUGACCAAGAUUUAUAGCACAGGAAAGAAGCUGGCAGUGAACAACCUUUGUCUUAACCUCUACGAGGGACAGAUCACUUCAUUCUUAGGGCACAACGGAGCAGGCAAAACAACCACAAUGUCAGUUUUGACUGGGUUGUUCCCACCGACAUCCGGGACUGCAAAGAUUUACGGUCAGGACAUCCGAACGGACAUGACCGCCAUCAGGAAGAGCCUCGGGAUGUGCCCACAACACAACGCCCUCUUUGACAAGUUGACAGUUGAAGACCACGUCUGGUUUUAUGCUCAGCUGAAAGGAAAACCCACAUGGCAGAUCAAAGAAGAAACUGACAAACUAAUCAGUGACAUUGGUCUUACACACAAGAGGAAGACGGCCGUCCAUCGUUUAUCAGGAGGAAUGAAACGUCGCCUGUCCGUAGCCAUCGCCUUCGUAGGAGGCUCUCGUACCGUCAUCUUGGACGAGCCGACAGCUGGGGUUGAUCCUUGUGCAAGGAGAGCUAUCUGGGACCUGCUUCUCAAGUAUAAACAUGGUCGUACCAUCCUGCUAUCCACCCAUCACAUGGACGAGGCAGACUUCCUUGGAGAUCGUAUAGCCAUCAUCUCCCACGGUCAGGUCAAGUGCGCCGGGUCAUCCAUGUUCCUCAAGACCACGUAUGGAGAUGGCUAUCACCUCACGGUGGUCAAGAAACCUGCUGGACAACCGAACCAGGGCAAUAGUGAAUCAGAGGAUACCCUUGGUACAUCCUUCCGCACCCUCUGUACCGAGAGCACCGUCACCAAGUUCAUCCAGGAUCUGAUCCCCGGCGCCUGCCUCACCAGCACGAACCUCAGGGAGUUGUCCUACACCCUUCCCUUCGACAGCGUGGCCUGCGGGCACUUCCCCAAGCUCUUCACGGCGCUGGAGCAGAAGAAGGAUAAACUGUACGUCUCAAGCUACGGUCUGAUGGACACCACCUUGGAGGAGGUGUUCCUCAAGGUGGCGGAGAAGACAGGCGCCAAUAGGCAAGAUGUACCGUCAACAUCAAGGAGUAGCUCAUCCUCAGGGUUUGAAAGCUCGGCCGAAUCUCAGGAUACCCAUAGCAGCUCAGGAUCUAACACAUUCAGAACCCAAUCAUCAUCAUCAGACCAGUACCCAUCAUCAUCACCAGCUGAGAUGGAGAAUGAUGAAACUGAGGCUGGAGACGGAGAAGAAGGAGGGGGAUCAGGAGGGGGUAGCUUCGCCAAGCUGUGGAGGAGGAGGAGAGGAAAAGGAGAUGGAGCAAGGAGGAGCAGUACCGCCGGAGAUGUACCUCUGAUCAGCGUCAAUGAGGAGACGAGUAACCAUGGAAACGCUUCUGCACAAGACGAUGCUGCCCAGUUGGGUAACAACAUCACCUUCACCAGGCACACCGGUAUCCUCCACCACCUGAUUGUCUUCAUCGCGCUCAUGAAGAAGAGGCUUCAUCACGUCAAGAGGAACCCCAAGGGGCUCUUCUCCCAGCUGCUUCUCCCGGCAUUCUUUGUUACCAUAGCGAUGACAGUGGCGCUCUCGGCUCCCCAUAUCGGCGAUCUUCCUUCCCUCACCCUGUCUCCAUCUCAGUAUCUUCCCUUUCAGUAUCCAGAAGGUAACUUCAUCCCGUACACCGAUGAGGCCCUCAACGACCGACGCAGCUACCGGAUCUACCACUCCAAGUGCGGCGACGCCGGGCCCCAGCAGCUCACCGAGACCUUCAAGUUCCCCGCCGGCAUCGGGGCCAGCUGCAUCCUCAAGACCCCCUUCAACGGAACCCUGGACCAGCUGGUGGAGUCUGCCAACUACUCCCACAGCGUCGGGCUGACUGGACAGUACUAUGAUCACAUGUGUGAGGAAUCCUUCACUAAGGGGAAACCCCUUUCCAACUACGUUCCCACCCCGCCCAGUUCCAACCCUCGUGAUGAUGAGGAAGAGAUAGACGAUGACGAGAAAGCCCAUGGUGGAACCCACAUCAAGGAGGUAAAGUGCUCAUGUUCCGAGGAUCGCAAGAACUUCCAGUGUCCCAAGAACGUCGGCACCCCUGACCCCGCGGUCCUGGAGGUCAUCACAAGUGACCAGCUGCAAGACGUCAGCGGGAGAAAUCUGUCUGAAUAUCUGCUCUAUACGACAAACAAGUUCAGACUUCACAGGUAUGGAGCUCUGUCAUUUGGCAAUGUUAGAAACUUUGUUCCUCCAAAAUUCAAUGAUGAAGUGCCUGCCAUCUACAAGAAGAUCGCUGUGCGCAAUGCUGCAAUGACAUGGCACAACCACAAAGGUUUCCACAGCCUGCCGACCUAUCUGAGCGUGAUGAACAAUGCUAUAUUGAGAGCUAACCUAGACCCUAGUAUCCAUGGUAACCCCUCCGCAUAUGGCAUCUCAGUCAUCAACCAGCCGAUGAACAAGACCAGCUCCACCAUGCUAGAUGAUUAUUCUCUCCAAGAAACAUCUCAGGUCCUGAUUGCCAUGUUCAUCAUCGUGGCCAUGUCCUUUGUACCGGCCAGCUUCGUGGUCUUUGUGGUAGCGGAGAGGGCCUCCAAGGCCAAGCAUCUCCAGUUUGUGAGUGGGGUCAGCCCUCUGGUCUACUGGUUGUCAAACUUCUUCUGGGACAUGACAAACUACUUGAUACCAGCGGCUUGUUGCGUGACGAUACUCAAGGCAUUUGAUAUCCCAGCUUAUUCAUCAGCUACCAAUCUCCCAGCUGUUAUCAUCCUAUUCUUGCUAUACGGUUUCUCCAUCACACCGAUGAUGUAUCCAGCCUCAUUUGUCUUCAAGGAGUCCAGUCUCGCUUACGUGUGUCUCAUUGUCAUCAAUCUCUUCAUCGGUAUCACUACCAUCUGUGGAAGCUUCCUGGUGGAACUCUUCAAUCUCGACGAUGAGCUUCUCAAAAAGGUGUAUGACACAAUGUACACAGUCUUCCUCAUCUUUCCAAACUACUGUCUUGGCCGGGGUCUCAUGGACCUAGCUUACAACGACUACAUGAAUGAAUAUUACACCAAAAUUGGUGCUGUUGAUGAGGUGCAGUCACCAUUCAGAUGGGAUAUGCUGAACCGGAUGUUCUUUGUUAUGGUCCUAGAGGGCGUUCUUGCGUUUGCGUUUACCGUCCUGUGUGAAUAUGGAUAUAUCCUCAGAGCCAUAGAGAUACCUUGUUUUAGAAGAAAGAAGGUUGAUAAGAGUCUUCUAUUCAGUGAAGAUGAGGAUGUAUUGAGGGAGAGGCAGAGAGUGCUAGUCGGAGAAGCUUCACAAGAUUUACUCAGGAUUGAAAACCUCACAAAGAUUUAUAAAACUAGAAGAUUAGGGAGACAUCUAGCGGUGGAUGGUCUGUGUUUAGGAGUGCCAGAAGGAGAGUGUUUUGGUCUAUUAGGAGUGAAUGGGGCAGGUAAGACCACCACAUUUAAGAUGCUCUGUGGUGAUUUAGGCAUCACAGGGGGAGAUGCAUAUAUCAAUAGAGAUAGUAUAUUCAAGAAGAAGAUGAAGGCAUAUAAAUGUAUAGGAUACUGUCCCCAGUUUGAUGCAUUGUUUGAUGAGCUCACUGCCAGAGAGCAUCUAUUAUUCUAUGCAAGGAUCAAAGGGGUUCAACAAAAAGAUGAAAAACAGGUUGUAACUUGGGCAUUACGUAAGAUGGCAUUGAUGCAAUAUGCAGACCGACCGGUUGGGACAUACAGCGGAGGCAAUAAAAGAAAGCUGUCUACUGCCAUCGCUCUCCUCGGCAAUCCAAAGAUUAUAUUCAUGGAUGAACCUACAACAGGGAUGGACCCCCACUCACGGCGCUUCCUCUGGGACUGCCUCCUCUCCAUCGUCAGAGAAGGUCAAAGGUCGGUCAUCCUCACCUCGCACAGUAUGGAGGAGUGCGAGGUCCUCUGCGGCCGUCUGGCCAUCAUGGUCAACGGUAAAUUCAAGUGCCUUGGCUCCGCCCAGCAUCUGAAGAAUCGCUAUGGCGACGGGUACACGGUGACGCUGAAGGUGGACGGGGAGAGGCCUUGUAUUAAACCGGUUACAAGAUGGUUCAGUCAUACCUUCCCACAUUCAGAACUCAAGGAGGAGCAUUUUAAUAUGUUGCAAUACAGUAUAAAGCUAGAACACAUUGAUCUAGCUGCUAUCUUCAGUCAGAUCGAAGACGUGAGAGCCUUGCUGAACAUCAAGGAGUACUCCGUUAGUCAAACAACGCUAGAUGAUGUGUUUGUGACGUUUGCCAAGCAGCAGGUCGGUCAUGAAGACGAUAAAUCGUCAGGGAAGAAGGAGAGCAAGAAGUCCUCGAGGAAAACCAAACUGGAGAUGAAAUCUAUGUUGCUUGAUGAAAGUCACCUUGAAUCGGACUCGGAUGAUGAGUUCCUUCUCAAAUUCAGCAAAAAUAGUCCUCAUCUGACAUUUGACAUAGAAGUAUGAAGCUCAUGUCAUCCCAGCGACCUCGACAGCCAGGACUAUUAACCAUAGCGACCACAAUGACUUUGAAUGUGGUAGCUGCAUCAUCAAUCACCAUCAGGAAUGAUGUGAACAAGAAGGAAUUGAAUGAAGCUAUUGAUAGAAUAGCAUCGAAGUAGCUGCUUUAGAAGCAAUACUAGAAUCAGUGUCCUGUGAGUCGUCGGUAGUCAUAGCAACAUAAAUGAACAUGAAGGAUCAAGGAUAAUACUUCUGGGCGGUUAAGUCUACAUGUACCUUGUGAUAGUCGGUAUAUUGGGCAUUUCAGCAGGUUUGAGAGUCCAAUGAAUCCAAAGGGAAAGCUACAAGUAGAACUUAAUAGGGUUAUGAAGUAGACCAGGUAUAGAGAGACCUAGACCGUCAAGAUUAGUCUUCAUGGUAGAGGGAAAAAUUUUGAAGGAUGGACUUUGAGGGUCGUUUCUGAGAUGUCCCGUGGCCAGGAACAUCACAUGUACGUACAUGCUGGUAUGCAUGAAGCGGAACGGUGGGAUGACAGAAUACUCACUAUCAUGGAGAAUUGAAGGAAACUGAAAUCAACGCAAGAAUUAUCACGUCGCUAAAAGACCAAAGAGACCUGAGGACAUCUUCUGGGAUACAAUGUACCUGUGUCAAGGAUCCUGGUGUCCUGGAAGGCAAUUCACAAAGCCUU